AUGGACGCCUCAGCGACCCCCACCUCCUCCGACUCCCUGGCCUCCUGCCCAGCUGGAAAGAAUGACACCAAGCUGCCAGCUUUCUCCUGGCCGCAGAAGAAGCAGCUGGCGCUGCUGGCGCUGGUGACGGUACUGAACGGCUCAUUGGCCGCCCUCAUGUUUCCCUUCUUUCCGGCCGAGGCCAGCAGCCGCGGCCUGCCGCAGACGCUCAUCAGCGGCGUAUUCAGCUGCUUCGCGCUGACGCAGUUGAUCGCCUGUCCUCUCGUCGGCCGGCUCACCCCUGUCGUCGGCGUCAGCAGGGUCUUCAGCAUGGGCAUCGCCACGGCCGGCAUCACGACGGUAGUGUUCGGAACGCUGCAGCACUUAAAAGACUCGACUGCCUUCAUCGCCGCCUGCUUCGCCGUGCGGAUGCUGGAGGCGGUGGGCGCGGCGGCCGUCAACACCUGCUGCUCCACCAUCGUCGCCAGCCGGAUGCCGGAGCGGGCUGGCACGGCCAUCGGUCUGGUGGCCGCUGGGCAGAGCGUGGGCCUGGCCGUGGCACCGGCCAUCGGCGGCGGCCUCUUCGCCGCCGGCGGCUUUUGCCUGCCGUUCUACGUGCUGGGCGGCCUGAUGCUGGCGGCGGCGGCGACCUGGGUCUGCCUGGCCGUGGUGGUUGUGUACGCGGCCGGCUUCAGCACGUUCAGCUCGUGUCUGUCGCCGUACGCUCAGGCCGCACUGGGCGUGUCGCCCUCCCAGCUGGGCCUGCUCUACCUGCUGGCGUCCGGCGCGUACGCGCUGCCGGACGACCUGGCCACGCGCGCUCUCGUCUCCAGCUUGUUCGGGGGCGCGGUCGCAUGUGGCCUGGUGGUGGGCCCGGUGUCCGGCGGCGCGCUGGUCGACUGGCUCGGUUUCCCGGCCAUGAUGACGGCGCUGGCGGCGGCCGUGUAA